AUGUCUCAAGCCGCUACCGUCUCAUCAAACAACCUGCCCUAUGCCGACCUGCCCCCGAUUGUGGCAGCACUCUUCGAGGCUAAAGCAAAGAAAGGGUUGUCCUUUGAGGCUAUUUCUAAGGCAAUCGGAAGAGAUGAGAUCUGGGUAGCUGCGGCUUUCUAUGGACAGGCCAAAAUGUCUCCUGAGGAGCUUGUAGCUGUCGCCAAUGUCCUGGACAUCCCCAUUGCUAACGUCCAGAGUGAGCUUGGUUCCCACUGGUGGCCUAACCGUGGUGGCCUUGGACCUAUGCCCCCCACCGAUCCCGUCCUCUAUCGUCUAUACGAGAGUGUCCUCGUGUAUGGUCAUGCAAUCAAGGCUGUCGUCCAUGAGAAGUUUGGCGACGGCAUCAUGUCCAUGAUCGACUGCAAAGUUAACGUUACCAAAAAGCCGGACCCAAAGGGUGACCGUGUUGUUUUGACCUUUGAUGGCAAGUUCUUGCCUUACGCAAAAUGGUAG